AUGACAGCAUUCCCUUCUCGACCACUCAACAAGACCACCUCAACCUUCCUCACUCAGAUACGUAAACACCCAUUCGUGCUGUUCGGUCUUCCAUUCGUCGGUAUAAUUGUUGCCUCAUCUUUCGCAUUGAGUUCAUUCACUCAGACGAGGUAUGAUUAUCAGCAGAGUAAAGUGCAGAGUAUAGGUGCAGAAGAAGGACUGGGGAUGAGGAGUGAUAGGAGGAAAGUGGAUUUGAAAGAGGAAUAUUAUCGCCUGAACGCCCCUUCCGCCCAGAUAUCUUCAUUGUCCAACCCCGACUCCGCCCUGAACGCAGAUAUAUCACCAUCGCCAUUAACGUCGAUACCGAAGAGACCGAAGAAGUCGAAGUUUUCCAUGAGUCCAGUCUCUCAAGAUGACUACGAACCUGUCAGAGUACCUAGACCGGAGGGUGUACCUGAAUGGGGAGGUGGGAAAGCGGGUGAAGAGGCGCCGUUGAAAGGUCAGAGAACGACUGAUAGGUGGGUAUGA